GCCAGGCUAAGCAGUGGAGCGCCGCACAGCGCGCCUUCCCGCCUCCCAGCCGCCGCCCAAGCAGUUCCCGGCCGGCGCCAGCAGGCCUGCUUGGUCGAUCUUCGAGCCGAAGAUGCGGCGGGGCUGGAAGAUGGCUCUGUCUGGGGGGUUGCGGUGCUGCCGCCGGGUACUGUCCUGGGUGCCAGUGCUCGUUAUUGUCCUCGUCGUUCUCUGGUCCUACUAUGCCUACGUCUUUGAACUCUGCCUGGUGACUGUUUUGAGUCCAGCGGAGAAAGUUAUCUACCUCAUACUCUAUCAUGCCAUUUUUGUGUUCUUUGCAUGGACCUACUGGAAGUCUAUCUUCACACUUCCACAUCAGCCAAACCAGAAGUUCCACUUGUCCUAUACAGACAAGGAGCGCUAUAAAAAUGAAGAGAGACCUGAGGUCCAGAAGCAGAUGCUUGUGGAUAUGGCCAAGAAGCUACCAGUGUACACAAGAACUGGGAGUGGAGCUGUACGGUUCUGUGACCAGUGCCAUCUAAUCAAGCCAGACCGCUGCCAUCACUGUUCUGUUUGUGCCAUGUGUGUUUUAAAAAUGGACCAUCACUGCCCAUGGGUUAAUAACUGCAUUGGAUUUUCCAACUACAAAUUCUUCCUUCAGUUCUUAGCUUAUUCCGUUCUCUACUGCCUGUACAUUGCUACAACAGUCUUCAGCUACUUCAUCAAAUACUGGAGAGGGGAAUUGCCCAGUGUUCGCUCUAAGUUCCAUGUCCUUUUUCUCCUCUUUGUGGCCUGCAUGUUUUUUGUCAGCCUUGUGAUCCUCUUUGGUUACCAUUGUUGGCUUGUCAGCAGAAACAAAACUACCUUAGAGGCCUUCUGCACACCAGUAUUUACAAGUGGACCAGAGAAAAAUGGGUUCAAUCUUGGCUUCAUCAAGAAUAUUCAGCAGGUGUUUGGUGAUAAGAAGAAGUUCUGGUUAAUACCUAUUGGGUCCAGCCCUGGUGAUGGACACUCCUUCCCUAUGAGGUCUAUGAAUGAGUCACAGAACCCGCUGCUGGCAAACGAGGAACCCUGGGAAGACAAUGAGGAUGAUAGUCGAGAUUAUCCAGAAGGCUCAUCAUCACUUGCUGUGGAGUCAGAAACGUAGCAGGUUUCACAUUUUGUGUGUCUUCGACAGGAACUACCGUCUCCCGUGAGGCUUACAGAUUUCAAUAUCGAGAAAAAACUCUAAUCCUCAAACUAAGUCACCAUUUUGGAUUGAUAGCUUCACAGUUUGGGUGUUCCAUCACACACCUAUGCAGUUCUUUCCGGACUCUGCAACUUUACUUUGCUGAAUGAAUUCUAUUUGGAAACAAUUGCUUCAAGCCAGUUUUUCUUUUUUUACCCUCCCCUAAUCCAUGAAAGCCUAAAUGUAAAAUAUAUAUCUUUAUAUUUGUCUACUCUGGUAAAAGGGAAUUCAGAAGAUUGCCUUGGAGUCUAAUUCCCCCAUGAAAGAUUAUUAAUUAUGUCUCACUGUAGGGUCUUUCUGGUAUUGAGGAGAGUCAGCAUAUAUUUGCAGCUUAUGUACAUGGGCAUAUAAACGUGUAUAUGUGCAAUAUAUCGAUAUAGAAUUUUGCCAAAAAUCAAGGUUUAAAAAGCUGAAGCUUGUAUUUGAUCAUGCUUUUCACCUAAACAGCAAUUUAAAUAUUUGAUGAGCUCUGAACAAACCCUAUAUCAUGUAUCUGAAAUUUGAGGAGAUCAAACAGACUGUGACGAAGGUCCUGUUGAGAAUUUAACAAGGCAAAAUCUGUUCUGUCACAGAACUUCCUGAAAAGCACCACAGCUAAUACAGAGGAACAGAUCAGACUUCCACUUUAGUAACGUAACAGUUAAUAUUUUAAGACCAGGUAUAAUAGUGAAUGCCUAUCAUCCCAGCUCCUGGGAUGCAGAGGAGGGGGAUCGCUGCAAGACCACCCUGGUUGCUCUCCAUAUGAGCUCCAGGCCAGCUUGGGUUACAUAAGGAAACCCUGUCUUGAAAAAAGCCAAUGAACAAAAAGGAAUUCCUUUCUCAAAAAUGUUGAAUUCCAGUCUGUGGUCAAAAAUCUCUAUUUUAUUCAUUUCUCUGGUAUAUAGCUUUGUUUUAGCAUUUGUAAAUUACUUUUGUGAUGGUAGAAAUAUUAUAAGCCUAAGAUAUGGACUAUCCAUUUUGUAAAACGGAUUUAAGGAUGAUUUUCAGGUAUAAUUAAAAUUCUGUUGAAGAAGAUAAAGUUUCAGAUAUGCCACUGGCCUGAGGAUUAGCUAAAGGUCUGUGUUUUCACAGCAGGAGUUAAUGUGCAGAGUUAACUGAACAGUGAUAUUCCAGUCCUCUUUUUUAAGCUUCAGUGGCAGCUCGGCCAUUAAGAGAGUUUACAUCCAUUUCCCCACUUAUUUAUAACCAGCCUUCCUUUCAGUCCUAGUGCCUGGAUCAAUGAGAUGGACACUAAUGCUGCUUCUUUAUAAUAAUAGUACCUAAGAGUAUUGAUGGUUUUCAUUUUUCAACCAGCACUCUAAUGCACAGCUGCUGACAAUAAAAGCCAGAGAUCAGUGGGAGCUACAGGCAUCUCAGUUAUCAAGGAAUUGAACUCCUUGAGAGAUAGUUGGGUUUACUAAAUUACUCUCUCUAAAAUGUCUCUGAGUGAAAAAGAGUUGCCUGGCACAAACAAAUCUGUGUUGGGGCUCCAAUGCAACUGAGAAGGAAAACAAUCCAGUUAUUGAAAGCAACAACCUAAUGGGUCCAUUUGGUCCCCCUGGGUCAUUUUAACGAGGGUGGGGUAUUCAGCAUUAAAUAAAAAGAUUGUAGUCAGCAUUUCAUUUGAGAGAAUUCAAGAAAUGAAUAAUCUAUUAGGGCCAGGGCCUAGAGACUGCUUCUAAAACUCACAAAUUGAGGAGUGACAUAGGAGACUGCAUGCUGGAUUUCAUGAUGAAAAUUUAUACUUUCACAUAGGAAAAUAAUUGCCUUUCCAUUGCUCCUUCUGAAGCAUUUCUCAUGUCUAGUUUUUCCUUGGAAGCAUAUUUAGCCAUCCAUGUGGCUUUAUGGUCCACAGACUUUGCUUUCUAGUCCUAUACAAAUGUACCUUUCUAUAAAGGGGUGCAAGCAGCACUUCACAAGAAACCAGCAUCAGAGCAACCUUCCCUGACCCCACCUAUCGUCUUCUGCUAAGGGACAGUACAAAAGCUAUGUGUGCUGUAAAGUCCGGAAGGCAUAGGAACUUCUCUGUGGAGUGUAUUAGCAUUCAUCUCUCAUAGACAUCAUGUCACAAAAGACAAUGUUAGUAAACUACAGGGAAGCACUGGAAGGUUAAAGCUCAGGUUAAUACAAGCUGAUUGGUCUCUUAAGACUUAUGCUGUCUCCAAAAGGCCAAAUAAACCAGGAUUUUCUCUGGGUGCUUGGAGAAAGAAGAAACCCUAUUCUUGUCUUAGUAUCUUGAUCUCAUUAGUUUAUAGGCGUUGAUAAUAUCCCUAUGCGUAGACUCUUUGUGUAUUGAUUACUGUAUAGAGACAUCUAAGAGGUUAGUUAUUGAUCAAGAAGACAGGUUUGUUUCCUAACUAGCAUACCCUGACUUCAGUCGUUUUCUUGCUUUUCCCUGGAACCCUGCCUAAUAACUUCUGUGGGAUUUCAUCCCCCAAUCUUUGGUACUCUGCUUCUACAGUUGAAAAGUGGAAGUACUUGUUGUUAAUAUCCCACAGCUAUCAGGUGCUCUGUAACUCCCUAGUGCUCAUACAUAGUUUUAUUUGCUCUGUUCUUUUCCUCCACGCUCCUAGUGCAGGGCCCAGGGUGCUUUGUUAAUGUUCUUCCCUUUGUUGCAACAAUGUCCUUAGAAAAAGAUAGAAUGGAAACUAUUUUUCCAAAAUAAAGGAAUAAAGUGCCAUCCAAAAACACACAGAUAUUAUUAGAGAGACUUUACUUUGCAGUGCUGGAAUAACCGUGGAGCAAAGAGAACAGAAUCCCAUUCCAAGAGUCCCUCUCUCUCCAACAUCUUGAAGUUUGCAGUUUAGACAGCUUUGUUUUCUAAUGCAAUAUGUGCCUCUUCUCCUCGCUGAACCUAUAAGACAUGUAUUUCACACUAGAUGGCAUCGGACACGGCCAUAUCUCCUGUGGCACCUAGACAGCCCAAUCUCAGGGUUUGUUUUUUUUUUCCAGGGAAAACAAUGUGCUUCCUCAUGUUCGUGCCAAAUUGCACAAAGUGUAGGUAUUCAUGUUAAUGGAUAUUUAAGCACAGUCCUAGAAGGUAUGUUUUAAGAAUACUG